GAUACUAUGCAGUUGAACUCGUGAACGACAGCCUGUACGAUUGGAACGUCAAACUCCUCAAGGUUGACGAGGAUAGCGCUUUGCACAACGAUCUCCAGAUCCUCAAGGAGAAGGAAGGAACCGAUUUCAUCCUCCUCAACUUCUCCUUUAAAGAUAACUUUCCUUUUGAUCCACCGUUCGUGAGGGUCGUGUCCCCGGUGCUGUCAGGGGGGUACGUUCUGGGCGGCGGAGCCAUCUGCAUGGAGCUGCUCACCAAACAGGGCUGGAGCAGCGCCUACUCCAUCGAGUCGGUGAUCAUGCAGAUCAGCGCCACGCUGGUGAAGGGGAAGGCGCGGGUGCAGUUCGGAGCCAACAAGGUGGGGCCCGGGCGGCGAGAGGGGAGCGGGACGGAGGCAGCCUAG